AUGACCGGCUUUGCCGCCAUCCCGCUCGCAGAGGAUGGCGAACAAGACAACAACUCUCAUCUUGCUGGUGUCGCCAAAAUACUGGGUCCUCGCUGGCUACAGUUACCCACGCUUACCAUCGGCCUUCUGGGCGUGCAAGUCUUCUGGUCCAUAGAAAUGUCCUAUGGGACUCCCUAUCUCCGCUCUCUCGGGCUGUCCAAGUCUGCCGUCGCGACAGUAUUUCUCGCCGGACCCGUCUCCGGACUGAUCGUGCAGCCGCUCAUCGGCGUCCUCGCCGACAACUCCAAGUCCCGCUUCGGCCGGCGUCGUCCGUAUAUGCUAGCUGGCACCUGCAUAUGCGUCGUCGCCAUGCUCCUUCUCGGCUUUACACGCCCCUUUGCCAGCCUCUUCACUCCCUCCGACUCCCUCGCGAAUCAGAUCCUUGCCGUAUGGCUCGCCAUCUUAGCCCUGUUCACCAUCGACUUCUCCAUAAAUGCAGUUCAAGCGGUCGACCGCGCGCUCCUGGUUGACACGCUCCCACCGUCGGAUCAGGCUGACGGCAACGCUUGGGCGGCGCGUAUGCUCGGCAUUGGUAGUGUUGCCGGGUAUUUCAUUGGAAACAUAGACCUGACUGUUGCAUUCCGCUUCCUGGGUGACACAGAGCUUGAAGUCCUCUCUGUACUCGGCUCUUUUCUCCUCUAUGCACAAAAGAAAGGGUCGUCUUCCAUUAGAUUGCAACAGUGCUUUGACACUGGAUGCAGCGGUCCGAAAAAGAGCUUCCGCAAGGAACUUCGCGACAUCUGGGACAACAUGCUACACUUACCCUCCGUCAUUCGACAGAUAUGCAUAAUCCAAUUCUUCGCAUGGCUCGGGUGGUUCCCUGUUCUGUUCUACACGACUGCUUUCAUCGGCGAGCUACAUAAACGCGCGCAUCCCGACAUAGCACCAGAUGACCCUGAUCUUACCGCGGAGGCCACUCGCCUAGGCUCGCGCGCAAUGUUCUACAGCGCGUUACUCAGCCUCACUGCGAACGUGCUCCUCCCCUUCGUUGUCGCUGAAUCCGCGCAUGGUCUGCCGCGGCGUGGCAUAUGGGCUGUUCUCGAGCGCAUGAAGGUGCACUUGGCAACGCUUUGGGCGCUUUCACACGUCAUCUUCGCGACAUGCAUGGCGGCAACGCUGUUUUACUCAUCUGUCGCGGGCGCGACAUUCUUCACGGCGCUCACUGGGUUCUCGUGGUCGAUCACACAAUGGGCACCGUUUUCCUUACUCGCGGAAGCGAUCCUCACUUCGGACGACUCCAAAGAAGAUACUGGGUCUAUCAUGCUCGCCGACACACGCACACGGCGCUCGCCGGACCCUGCGUCAGUUGCUGCAGACCCCGAGCGACAGUUCCUCGUUGGUAGCGACGACGAGGAUGAGGGACUCGAGGCCGAGGAGUUUAUGGGGAACGCCUUUGCACGCGCGAGCCAUUUGGACGUGCAAUCAGACAUCGAUGACCUUGGGGUUGUUGCGGGUGGGAGGCGCGGAAGCGGGUUGGCCGCGAAGGCGGGCAUCAUUAUCGUAAGUCCACGCUCGAACGGGGGCAUCCACAACAUCUUCAUCGUCAUGCCGCAAUUCAUCAUGACGGGCAUUGCGUCCAUCAUUUUCGCGUUCCUCGAGCCUGGGAAGAGCGCGCUCGGCGGGCAUACGCCGUCCGCCCCCGUCGUCAACAGCACAUCAUUAGCUGAACCCUCAUCCACGGCUGCUACCAGCACCAUUAUAAGCUCUUCCGGUCAGUCCUCCACCAAUUGUAACGCAGCGUUGAUGUUCAUGGAUGAAAUUGACGGUCGCAGACUGGGCGGUAUCGCUGCGGCAGUGGCGUUCAUCUUGACCGUUCGGCUUGUGCGCGAGCUGAGAAGGCGAUGA